UUUAACUCAAUUCAAUUACAAAAUUCAAAAUUAGAAACAUGCGUUUGUUAGUGCAAAAAAAAUAUGAAGCUCAAAAAGUGAAGAGAGCUGUAUCGAAUGAAAUGUGUAAUCUCAGCCAUGCUGAACUAGUCAAAAUUCCAAUACUAGAAAUCUCCAAAUAUAAUGUCAAGGUUCUGGAUCUACAUAACAACAGCAUUUCAUCCAUAAAUGAUACAUUCGGUAGAUUGAAAACGCUUAUCAAAUUGGAUUUAAGCGCAAAUAAACUGACUACUUUGCCAUCAAGCAUUGGCCAAUUAUUUAAACUGCGUAGUUUGACUCUUUAUGAUAACUGUUUAACCGACUUACCCAUCAGUUUUGGAAGACUAUCAAAACUUCGUUAUUUGAAUUUACACAAUAAUCCAUUGUCGGAAGAAUUGAAAGCAGUUACAGGGUGUUGUUUUACAAGCAAAGACUGUCAAAAAUGUGCGGUGGAUACAGUUCAAUACUACAAACAUAAAAUGCGUAUGGAUCGAAAACGUAAACAGGAAAUCACUGAAUAUUCAGAACGCACUAAAAAAGAAGAACCGACACCUUUCUUUGAAGCUGACAUUGGCAGACCUAUCUCUACAAAAGUCAAAAAAAUGGUUCAGGACAUAGAAGAACGUUUGCGUAAAUAAGAGAUAGAAUGCACAAAGAAACAAAUUUUUUUCAAAUUAAUGAUCUACGAGAAGUAGAUCAACUAUCGGUGGAUCAUAUCAAGGAAAAGAUAUAAUGAAUUUAUACACAUCCAUUUUGGAAACUGCACUUAUUCUCUCAAAAUAAAUCAGCAAUCAAAGAACUGGUAAAAUGAUUAGAAGUGAAAUUUUUCUUUUACUUCUUCCGGAAUAAGAAUAAUUUUGCAAUUAAUCAACAGCAAAAGCAAACUCAAUACCGAUGAUUGUGAUUAUUGUUAAUGUGUGUGAUAUUAUUUUGCUAUGCAUCCAUGACGUGUGUUGUCUACAAUUCAUUACAACAGUUUAUCUAAGCAGUACAUCUCUUUCAACUGAGGAGAUCGUAUGGACAUCACAUCAUAAAUAUCGAAAUAUGUAACUCACGCGUAAUACUUAAUACCCCUAAGGGAAAAAAUAAAGGAAAAAUUAUCCCUUUGAACUGAGGAAGUCAUAUAGUUACCACAUUUUAAAUAUCGAUAUUUUUAACUCACGCCUAAAGGAUAAUGUAUAUCACUUUGAACCGAAGAAGUCAAAAGGUCACCGCAUCAUAAAUAUUGAUAUAUUUAGCUCCCAACUAUUGGAUAAUGCACAUCACUUUGAACUGAGGAAGUCCAAGGUUACCUGAGGUCACCACAUUUUAAAUAUCGAUAUAUUUAGCUCAAGCCUAGAGGAUCGCUUUAAACUGCUGAAAUCUUAUGAUUAUCACAUCUUAGUUAUUGAUAUAUUUACUUUACGUCUAAUGAAUAAUACACAUCCAUUUGAAUUAUGAAAGUUAUAUGCUCACCACAUCUUGAAUAUUGAUAUACCUUUCUCACGCAUUAACGGUUAAUGCCACUAGAAAUAAACUCCAACAGUGCCGUCACCAUUCCCAUCAAUAGUGAUAUAUUAUAACCACUUUAAACAAAUAAAGCACAUAUGAUAAAAUUAAA